CCAUUCCCAACAGCAUAACCAAAAUCCCUUUUGAAGUUUGAGAGAAAAUGGGGUCUCUAAUGGCCUAUGCUACACUUACUCUUGUAUUGGCAAUAAUAGUCUCUCUAAGCUUGCCAUCUCAAACCUCAGCUGAUGACAAGUACGACUAUUCAUCUCCUCCACCACCAGAGAAACCCUACAAAUAUAAAUCACCACCACCACCAGUUUACAAGUACAAAUCCCCACCACCACCACCACCUGAGAAGCCCUACAAAUACCCAUCACCACCACCACCACCAGUUUACAAAUACAAGUCACCACCACCACCCUACAAGUACCCUUCUCCUCCACCACCACCUAAAAAGCCCUACAAAUACCCAUCUCCUCCACCUCCAAUUUACAAGUACAAAUCACCACCCCCACCAUACAAGUACCCAUCUCCUCCACCACCACCUUACAAGUACCCAUCUCCACCACCCCCAGUGUACAAGUACAAGUCUCCUCCUCCACCAGAUUACAAGUACAAGUCACCUCCCCCUCCAUACAAGUACCCUUCACCUCCACCAACACCUAAGAAACCAUACAAGUAUUCAUCUCCACCUCCCCCAUACCACUACUAAAUAGUGAUUUAGUAUAUCAUCCCAUGGAUCUGAUGAAGAACGUGUGCAAAUAAAGGAGAUUGAUAUGGACGGAAGAAACACUGAAGCACCAUAUAUAUACAUAUAUAUCAGUUAAUUUGGUUUCACUUUUUUAUAUAUUUUAUAAAGUUUUAAGGCACUGUUCAGAUCUGAUCCAUAUGUACUCUUUGUCCUCUGCAUGCAUUAUGGUUUUCGUACUGCUGGGCAUGCAUGGGUUUGUUAUGCCAAGUUAUAUAUAUUAUAUAAUACAUAAUGAAUAAAUACCCUGAAUUUAUCACUUU